GAAAAGCGUGUUUCUAAUCUCAGGAUAUUAACACAAUUUCCGGUUGUAAGAUGGCUGCGCCCAGUGGUGGAUUCCAGCCUCGUGAGCGUCGCUGUGAGGACCAGGAACGGGACUGGGAUGUUGUGGAGCCCAAGCGGCCCCGAUUUGGGGCGGGAAGCAAGAUGGGAGGCCGUAGGCUCAUUGUGGUGCUGGAAGGGGCCAGUCUGGAGACAGUCAAGGUAGGGAAGACAUAUGAGCUACUAAACUGUGACAAACACAAGUCUAUGUUGUUGAAGAAUGGACGGGACCCUGGGGAAGUGAGACCAGACAUAGCUCACCAGAGUUUGCUGAUGCUGAUGGACAGUCCCCUGAACCGUGCUGGCUUGCUGCAGGUCUAUAUCCAUACACAGAAGAACGUGCUGAUCGAAGUGAACCCCCAGACUCGAAUUCCCAGAACCUUUGACCGUUUUUGUGGCCUCAUGGUUCAGCUUUUACACAAACUCAGUGUUCGAGCAGCUGAUGGCCCCCAGAAGCUCUUGAAGGUAAUUAAGAAUCCAGUGUCAGAUCACUUCCCAGUUGGAUGUAUGAAAAUUGGCACUUCCUUUUCCAUCCCAGUCGUCAGUGAUGUGCGAGAGUUGGUGCCCAGCAGUGACCCUAUUGUUUUUGUGGUGGGGGCCUUUGCUCAUGGCAAGGUCAGUGUGGAGUAUACAGAGAAGAUGGUGUCCAUCAGUAACUACCCCCUUUCUGCCGCCCUCACCUGUGCAAAACUUACCACAGCCUUUGAAGAAGUAUGGAGGGUCAUUUGACGAUAGGACCUUGUUCUGAAAUGCAGACUGUUGACACUGCAUCCCUGGACUCCCCCAGCGCACUGCUGGAGGAUGACCUUCCUGCACCAGGACUGUGGGCUAGUGGAAGCCAGGCUGUAUAUUUGCCAUUUGUUUAUCUUAUAAACACUGUUCUUGCAAA